GGACGUUCCCGCCCGCCCAGGCGCGCGCCCUCGGGUCGACGUGCGCGCGGCCGCGCAGCGCCGGGAACCUCCUCUCCGCGCUCUCCUCCUUCGUCCUCUUGGACGUCGUCGCACGCCGGGCGCAGCGUCCUGAUGCGUGGCGUUGGCCGGCCGUCCUGAUGACCUCGCAGAGGAGCGCGGCGGCGGCCGCCGCUACGUCCGAAGCCGCUGCGUCCAAUGGCCCGGCGCCUCCUCCUGCGUGGGCCUCGUCUCUCGACUUCCCGCCCGCCCGGGCCACCCCAUUAGGCCUCGAGCCGGUCGGCGCUCGGUCGGAGCCCCCGCCGACGGCGCCGGGCAACUCGGCGGGCGUCAAGGAGACGAUCCGCCGCAACGGCUGCACGCUCUUCCCGCAGAACCCCGCGCUGCCCCCCCCGUCCACCCGGCCGCGCCCCCCCGGCUGCAAGACGGUGUUUGUGGGCGGGCUUCCCGAGAACGCCGGCGACGACGUCAUCAGGGAAGUCUUUGGCCCCUGCGGCCACAUCGUGGCCUUGCGCAAGAGCAAGAAGAACUUUUGCCACAUUCGCUUCAGCCACGAGUUCAUGGUGGACCAGGCGCUGCGCUUGUCAGGCUACCGCCUCCGUCUGGGCUCCGGCGCGGACAAGAAAGACUCGGGCAAGCUCCACGUGGACUUUGCGCAGGCUCGAGACGACCAGUACGAGUGGGAGUGCCGGCAGAGGCUCCUCCGAGGGGAGGAACGCCAGCGGGGGUCCACGCCGGCCCCGCCCUUCUCGGAGCGCGGGGCCGCCGUCUUGGCCGAGUGCCUGAAAGACAAGCACGGCUUGGGCCGGGCGGCGCCGGUGCUCCUGCGGUGGCUGGACGGCGGCCAGGUGACCGGCGCCAGCGCCAACCGCGUCUACGCUUUGUUGCAGAGCGUCAACGCGCACGCCGCAAGACUGCGCCGGGACGCCGCUCAGCAGCGGCUGGCGCUACGCAGGGCGAAGGCCGCCUUCCGCGCCGCGCUCGCCGCCAUACUCCUGCAGCUGGACCAGGUCUCGUCCGUAUUGGUGGCGUCGAGCCGACAAAAGUCUCGGGACCACUUCACCAAAGCUCAGCGCAAGAACAUUGACAUGUGGACCAGGCGCUGUCAGGCGGACAGCGAGGACGUGUCGCGCCUCAGACGUCAGGACGACGACUGGGACGAAGACGAAGACGAGGACGAGGACGAGGACGAGGACGACCGAGGUCCUUGGAGGAAGAAGAUGAAGACGAUGAAGACGUGCGCCGGCGACCGAGACGGUGAGCCGCGCGCGAUCCCGUUUGAGGAGGAGGCGGAGCUUCUGAGCCAAGAGGCGGAGUUGCAGAGCCUGCGGCAAAUGCGACAGGUGUGGAGCCUCGGGGACGAGCCGGCGGGCCGGGAGGCGGAGUUACAGCGGGCCGGCGCCGAAGCUUACUUCCCGGAGGGGGCGCCGGAGCAGGUGGACGGCCGCAGAGAGACGGGACGAGGCGGAGGCGGCGGAGGCGUCCUGGUCUCGGAGAAAGAGGCCCUGCUCCUGGGCGUCAUGUCGGCUUUCCUGCACGUUCAUCCGUUCGGGGCCAACCUGGAAUACUUGUGCUCCUACGUGCACACGCUGGACUCGCAGGUGUCGUCGCGGCAGCUGGAGCGCCUGAUGGCCCGCCUCCCCCUCAUGUUCCGCCAGGAGCUGAGCGGCGUGGGCGCCACGCUGGAGAAGCGCUGGAAGUUCUGCGGCUUCGAGGGCCUGCGGUCCGGAUGAAGGAGGCCCCGCCCCCCGUUAAAGCUCCGCGCCGCCUUCCAAGGGCGUCUCUCCGCAUUCCAAAUUGAAUUUGGCGUAGAGAGCGGCCGAGUGCCCGAGCCCCAGCGGCCUGUUUGGAAUUCCUAAAAAGCACGGCGACACGAUUGCGUGCGACGGAGGCCGCGCUCGUCCCUCUUUUUCGGCGACGGCCGAAGGCGAUCCGAUCCCCGCGGUCAAGAAAAGUCCAAACCUGUCACGAUUGGCUUUGUGACCAACAGGUGGCGCUGUGGGGCUCCCCCUGCAGCUGUACGCCCGUUGCCCAUCAUGUCAUUAUAUGUUGUAUCAUAGGACGGCCAGCCCGAGCGCUCAUUUGCUGCUGUCGUAGUCUGUUUGGGUCCUGUUGUGUCAUUGAGGCUUUUUAGUUUCUGCCUUUGGACUUUGUUUUCUGUCUUUUAUCAAUACACGUCUUCAAAUG